AUGGGGAUUCAGGGCCUACUGCAAUUUAUCAAGGAGGCUGCUGAGCCUACCCAUGUGAAGAAAUACAAAGGGCAGACAGUAGCUGUGGACACCUACUGUUGGCUGCACAAAGGCGCUUAUGCUUGUGCUGAAAAGCUGGCCCGAGGAGAGCCAACAGAUCUUUAUGUAGCUUUCUGUAUGAGGCUUGUUGAUAUGCUCCUCUCAUUUGGAAUUAAACCAAUUUUGGUAUUUGAUGGAUGCACCUUACCAUCUAAGAAGGAAGUGGAAAAGGCACGACGAGAGAAGCGUCAAGCCAGUCUUCUGAAAGGGAAACAAUUGUUGCAGGAAGGGAGACUGUCAGAAGCUAGGGAAUGUUUCGGACGCAGCAUAAAUAUUACCCAUGUUAUGGCUCAUGAAGUUAUUAAAGCUGCACGAGCCCGAGGAGUUGAUUGUAUUGUUGCUCCUUAUGAAGCUGAUGCUCAGUUGGCUUAUCUUAACAAGACUGGCAUGGUUCAAGCUAUAAUUACAGAAGACUCUGAUCUUUUAGCUUUUGGAUGUAAAAAGGUGCUUCUGAAAAUCGACAAGUUUGGAAAUGGACUAGAAAUAGAUCAAGCUCGACUAGGAAAUUGCAAGCAGCUGGGAAAUGUAUUUACAGAAGAGAAAUUCCGCUACAUGUGUAUUCUUUCUGGUUGUGACUACCUCUCGUCAAUUCAUGGAAUUGGGUUAGCCAAAGCAUGCAAAUUACUAAAAUUAGCCAACAAUCCAGAUAUUAUAAAGGUUAUUAAGAAAAUGGGACAGUACUUGAAGAUGAAUAUAACAGUACCAGAAGAAUACAUACAGGGUUUUACACGAGCCAAUAAUACUUUCCUUUAUCAGUUAGUUUUUGAUCCUCUCAAGCGGAAAUUAGUCCCUCUGAAUGCAUAUGGGGAUGAUAUUGAUCCCGAAACACUAACUUACGCAGGACGACAUCUUGGUGAUGGUACUGCUUUUCAAAUUGCCAUUGGCAACAUUGAUAUCGAAACAAUGGAACAAAUAGAUAAUUAUAAUCCUGACACUGCACAGCCUAUGCAGCAGAGAAGUUGUGGCUGGAAUGACAGACCUGAUAAUCAUGUAAAUAGCAUUUGGAGCAGAAACUACAAGCCUGGCUUUAAUGCAGAUACUGUUCCUCCUAAAAUGCACUUACUAGAGAAACCAACAACCAAAGGCAUGGAGAAGAUAAUUAGCGUUAAAGGGCUGAAGCUUCCAGGCAAAGAGCCCUUGGCAAAAAGGCCAAGGAGUGAAGAAAUAUCAGAUGGAGAUCUGUUGAACCAAUACUCAUUUUCAAAAGCAAAAAAAAUCAAGAAGGAGAGUGACCACGAUGGUCAAGCACAAAAGAAUGUCUCAGCAAUACAAAGCCUUGAUUCUUCAGGGAAUUCUGUUAGUCAAGAAAGCUCUAACUCCCUGCCCAGGAUUAGAAAUAAAUUUGCUUCCUUUCUACAAAGGAAAAACAAAGAGAAGGACGCUGUAGUUGUUCCAGGAACAAGAAGCAGGUUUUUCUGCAAUGAUGCAUUUUUGUUUGACAAUAAAACAAAGAAGGAUGACAGUGAUCUAAUUGAAGAUAUGGAGCAGGAUUGCCAGAAACAGGGAGUAAAACAUAGAGCAGAAGAUGUUUCUCACUUUUCAGAAACGGAAAAAUCAACAAAGACUGUCUUUACACCUCCUGGAGAAAUGCAGAAAAAUUGCUUCCGGUGGUUUAGCAGCCUCAUAAAUAAUUCAGGAAAUCCUGGUCCAUCUCGGACUGUAUUUUCACAGCAGUUUCACCAGCAGAGAAGCAACUGCGUGACAUUCCAGGACGAUCAGAUUAAUGGGGGACAGGCAGAGAGUGGGGCAGUACGUGACCAGUCUGAAGAAGAAUCCUCCACUUUAACAGAACUGGAACGAUCAUCGCAGUCUCAAAGGUCUUGUGAGCCAUCAGAAUGCAGUUUAGCAUCUUCAGAAAUACAAGUGUCUAACAACAGUUCAGAUGCAGAAGAAUCUGACUUCAAUUCAAAACUGCCUGAUGAUCAGUGUACUCAGUGUCCAGCAUUUUCUGCUGUUCAAUCUGACAGAAAAAAUAGAAUCAUAAAGACCAAGGUUCCUGGUUUACAUAAAUCCAGUUGUAUUGGAUCGCGCAUCGUAACGAAGCUCAAGCCAUUGAUACCAGCUAAAGUAAGUGGAUUAAGCAGGAAGCUGUCACCUGUGCAGAAGAGAAAUCACUGUGAUACUGAAAAUAAGCUGGGACUGCAAGCCACCAUUGGUGAACUCCGGAAAAACUUCCAAUUUAAAAGAGAGUAUGAAAAGCUUCCUUCUUGUAAAAAGUCAGAUCCAUUAUCUCCGAUCAAGGAUAAUAUACAGCUCACUCCAGAAACAGAAGAAGAGAUCUUUAACCAUCUGGAACGUAGUCAUGUUCAGAGAGCUAUAUUCCAAUGA